AUGGGUGGUCUCAAUCUGGAAGUUUUCAAGUUCGGCAUGUAUGUCAUGUUCCCCAUCGGCAUCAUGUACUACUUUGGCACGAACCUCGACAACCGUUUCGCCGUCCCCGAUUUCUGGCCAAAGGCCGAGCACUCGCACAAGAUUCCUUUCGACCGCGAAGACAUCAAAGAGGAGUACGUCAGACUGGCCAAGCGCCAGCGACUCGUUGACCAGAUGAGAAAAGACCGGGAGGCCGCCCAGGCGGCGCAGAACCCGCCUUCGAACGAGGAUCAGUAG